AUGGACCUGUCGAAGGGCUUCUCUUUGGGACGUCGGCCCCACAGCCACACUCAGCCACUGGACAUGACCAAGAAACCUGAAUGGUACCGACGCCAGCCCCAAAACUGCGGCCCAGAGCUGUCCUCUCCGUACAGGACCAGGUCUCAACAGAUCUCUCUGCGGCCAGACUUGACCCAAGACAGAGCAAACUUCAUGAGCUCUCCUCUCGCUCCUGGUCUGGAUCUGUAUCGCGAUCAAGUCCGCAACAACUUAUGGCAUCCGGGAUUUUACGAAGCCAGAGGUGACGCAGGCCCCGAGAGCAGUGGCGUUGAGGAGGAAGAAGAAGAAGAAGAAGAAGACAGCGACAGUGACUCUGACAUUAUUUUACUAGUGACUUCUGCUAAAGAGCCUCUCCUAUGCACAACCUUUAUACCGGACAAUGUAACGCAUAUGGUAGAGCCGCUGUCCCCGUCCUCGUUGGACACGGGGAGAGGCUGCUACGACGAUCUACCUCAAACCUCCCCGAGUCGCGACAGCUCCUACACAGACGAAUCCUCGGAGAGUUCAGUGGACAUCCCCAUCCACCACGCUCAGCCCAUCGUCCUGCUGUCCGACCUGGGCGCGGUCUACGCCCAGCCGUUGCCGGCAGAAGCUUCCAGCGACGACAGCGACGUCAUCGAAGUCCGCCAAAGCAAGAAGAAACUGUGCAAGAGGAUGAGUCAAAGAGAAACGGAAGCCAGAGCGAAAUUACGCACCAGCUGUAGAGUCAAUCGAAUGUCUUCUAGCAACACGCCAUCGCAGACCACACGCAGCAGCUUGAAACGCCAGGUCAAACUUAACGCUGUGGGUCUUUACAAUGAGAUUUACGAUUCCGAUGACGUGCUGGACAUUCUAGGGACAUUUUCCAGUUCUGAUGAAUCCGUGCCAAGACAAAGAAUGAGCAGUAGAGCGCAGAAGUCGAACGCAGAGACGAAGAAAACGCAAGAGAAAUCUCCGUCUAUGUCACCGCAAAGGGAGCAGCCGACGCAAUGCAAAGCCGCUGACGCAGAAUGUAAAAGGAGUAAUAGGCAGAAAAAUGCGCCUUUGAUUGCUAAAGAGACUUGUGAUGUAGAGCAAAACUGCAAAGAACCGAGACAGGAAGAGGAAGCAAAAAGGACAGUCAAAAAGCGCAAGCGAAAACGAAAGUUCAAACAAAACAGCUCGUCGUCUUUGUUUACUAUCGAACCUGAAAUUGCGCUGAAAUACGCUUACAGGAAGAAAAGGGAGCGCAAAAUUGAUAGUUUUUCCCCGUUCGUGCGCAUAGAGGAGCAGUCAUGCACCGUGGUCAACUAUCGCGAGGAGGAGGCGGUCGAGAAGAGGCCUAACACUUCGGGAUUCAUACCCAUGACCUCCUGCUACAACCUGGGCCGCGUUCAGCUAGAGGCAAAGCAGGUGGAGUAUCUGCGCUGCUGUUUGUGCGGGCAGACGGCCAACGCCAAGACGCUAGGGGAUCUCCACGGACCGUACUACCCCGACUUUACUGAGAUCUACAAGGCCAGGACGCAGCAGGAUGUAGAGAACCACCACACAGCGCAAGAAGAGGUUCAGAGUAAGAGCCCGAAGCGAGAGGAGGAGCUAGCAAACGAAGCUCUUGAUUUGGAGGAGUGCUGGAUGCAUUCGGACUGUGGCGUGUGGUCGAACGGCAUUUUUCUGGUCCGAGGGAAGUUGUACGGGCUGAAAGAAGCGGCACAACUCGCGCAACAGACGACGUGCUGGUCGUGUCAUCAGAGCGGAGCCAUUGUGGGCUGCUUCCAGAAAGGCUGCUCCAGAACCUUCCACGUGACCUGCGCCGUUCAGUCAGGUUGCGUCUUAAAUGAAGAAAACUUCUCCAUGAGAUGUUCGGACCACAAGAUCAAACCGUGUGUGAGCAGCAGACAGCCGCUGAGAUGA